AUGCGGCGCAGAGUCAAGACAACCAGGAGUGUUUCCGACACCCUGGUUUGCUCUUUUGGCGCUUUGGUGCUGAGCAUCCCUCUUUGGAGUUUGUUUUAUGCACCAAGCGCGGUAUCGACGACUUUUAUUCGUGGACCGACCAGAAGAUCCUUCGGAUUUCUAGGCCACCGUCAGAUAACACAUGGGCCUUGUCUUCAGGGCCGGACACGAGAACACUCGAGAGAACACUCGAGCAUUGCUCGCUCAGCAGUUUUCAGCGUUAUAGCUGAGGAAGUGAAUAACCGGCCAGGUUUUUUCUUUGGAGAAGUUUUGAUCAUCGUUGUCUUGUCUGCUGGCUUUGAGAAAGCAGAGAGGUGGCUUCGUAAGAAGCUGAAGGCGAGUGGUGACUUCACCGGUGGCGAAAUCCUGGAUGCUUUGUUCCGUGAGAUCACUAUUCUCGGCUUCAUUGGUUUACUUCUAUUUGUUCUGACACACUUGCUACCAGAAGAUAGCCCUUUGAUCUCUUUGGGUGCUGAUGAAUACAACAUACUGCCAGAGACCUUUGAAUAUGUUCACAUGGCGACUUUUUUGCUCUUGGUGGUGUUGCUAUUUCAAGGAUUUGCGGUUCUCAGAAUUUCGCGUGAAACAGCGGAAACAUGGGCAGACUACGAAAGUACCCGGGCCUUCGGGACAAAUCCAUUGUCAAUGGAAUCGUUGCUGAUUUCGGAAGGCUACUUGGAGCGAAGGGUCUCCUCUGAAUCUCCUGCCCCGGACAGCAACUUAGCACUUGAUGAAUCUAAGAUGGAGCUGAGGAUGCUCAAACCAUUUACCUAUGGUGGUACCGUGAUUGAACGUGCUUCACUUCGCAGAAAGUAUAUUCACAAGCUCAUCAUGUGGAGAGCAGUUCGUCAUGGAUUUCUCUUUGAAGGUGCACAGAGCAAGCUUCUCUCUUCGGAAGGAGUCAUUCCUGGACUCUUUAGCUUCGAGGUCUUUUUGGAACAGCAGUUGAGCCAAAUUGUUCUGUCUCUAGUGGAAGUUGAUGUGCUUACAUGGUUUUAUGCUCUCCUCCUAGUCGCGCUUGUGACUUUGAUUUGCCUUUCUCUGGAGUCAGUAAACGGACAAGCAAUGCAGUGCAUUUGCUGCUGGGCACUUGCAGCGGUUGCCUUUGCCUUUUCUAUCAUUUUGGAAGAGGACACUUACGAGUUGACUCCGCAAGUUCCGGUUGAUCCUCGACAAAUUCUUCGAAUGUUUUCAGGAACAUCUAUCCAGAUGAUUCGCAGAGCCUCAUUUCUGGACAUUUCUCAGGAAGUCGCAGGUGAAAUAAGCCGGUCAGGCAGGAGAUUCCGCCCGCAAUUACCUGGGGUGGAAGGUUCAGACUUGCCACGAACCCAAGAACCAAGCGAGAAAAGUGCACCCGGCACUUUUCUCCUUGUCCCCGAGUACACGGGCGUGUUCAAACUGCUUUGCUUCUUACAAGCGGCCGUCGUUGCUUCCCUUUUGGUCAACUUGUUGAACGGCAGUGUCUAUGGCUGGGAUCGAGUAGUGCCUUAUUUGCUGGCCUGGGCAGAGUGGCCCUUGAUGCUCUUUGUGCUGGUUCCAGAUCUAGUGCGCCGUCUUACCGUGAGGGCGGCCGUGACACGGACCCGAACCAACAACUGGUUUCAUGACAAGCAACGUGGUCUCGUGAAGAGAGUCAUGAUCUCUGGCAUUGAAGGACUCCUGCGUGACUGCACUCGAUUGAUCCACUUGCAGGGUAUGGAGGCUCGAGCAGUGAUGAAUGGUGAGACUUGGGCCCAGAAUAAAGCCAGUGCUCAAGCCAUGACUGGUCAAUUUGCAGAAUCUUUGAAGAAGAAUGCAGUUGCAACUGCCAAAAAAAAUGUAAAACGAGGGGCUGAGUUCUUCGACCAGCUGCAACCGGCUUUGAAAACUGAAGUCUUCAGCGUUUUCUCAAGUUGGGAUGCACGGAAUGCUGGUGCGGUUGCUCCCUUUGAGCUAGCCAAAAAUAUGGAAUUGAUGGGUUUCAUGGCAACAGCCGACCGAGUAGCUGACAAUCUGAUCAGAUUGGUGGAUGAUGACGGGAGCGGACUGCUAACGUGGAGGAAAUGUAGGAGUCUGUUUAUGUUAGCGACAGCUGCCCGCCCAAUGGAUGAACGGCGAAGAGAUUUGGAGGCUUUCUUCUCAAGAAUCAACAAAGGCAGUCCUCGAUUUGCAACUGUUUUUGAGAUAGCAAAAGCAUUACCAUUUCAAAUCAGAGAUGAAGAUCUUGCUACUUUGAUGUAUGUCUAUUUUGGGCGUGUCAAACCAUCUGUCAGCAGAUCGGAGUUUGUGGAAUGGAUCGAAGCCAUAGAGAUGUCUGAGAUUCUGGCGAAGCGUGAGAGAUGAUGACAGCCAUUGAGUAGCGUUUUUGUAUAUCUUUGUAUACUGUACAAUGACUGUACAAUGUUUGAUGCUGUGAUAUAUUGAUUUGAUUCGACAGGCAGAAUGGACCCGGUGGAAUGCCACAGAAUCGCUUGUAAAAGAUUU